GUCGCUUCGAGGGACGCUUGCAAACUGCUCUGCUGCUUUCCAAAGCCCCCAAAACAUCCUUGGGAUGCCGACUGGCCUUAUGGUUUGGAUCAGUUCCUAACCCAGCCCGAGCAGGACGGACGCAAGCACUGCUGGGAAUGCCAGUGCUUUGGGAAUGCUUUGUCAGCUGGGCUCGAUUGUAGGGAGAAGUUGGGGCUUGGAGAAGUGGGAAGUGACCCCUCUAUGGCAGCACUGCUCAGAAGAGCAGCUGAGUUGGCAUGUGACCCAACCGCAACCGGAUUUUUUUUUGAACGCCUUCUGACAGAGUGGGAACACACAGCUCAGCAGUCCCUCGGGAACGCUUCCUCCAGCCUGACACAUCGCACAAGAGCGAGCAGAAGAGCAGCUCAGAGAAGACAAGGCUUAACGCUGCUGACUGCUUCCCGGGGUGCAGAGAGCUUGCAGCUGAACUACUCCUGCCCUCGGCGUACCAAAUGUCAAGUCACUCCAAAGCCAAGAGCCUGCUUCCCUCCGACUCCCAAGGGCACGGUUUGCAAAUGGUGAUGCACUGGCCAGUUUGCAGAUGUUGCUCCAAUUGACGUAGGACCCAAGUUGCUUGGGCCAAGGAUGAGCAAGCCGACAGACUUGCAGCACGACCUGGAACGAAGCCUCCCAGCCAUAGCGUCCAUCAGCACUUCGUUUUCCCAGAGCCAAGGCUUUUCUCCAUAUUGUUAUUUCUCUCCGGAGAAGAGGAAAGCCAUCUCAGACGUGAGGAGGACCUUCUGCCUCUUUGUCACCUUUGAUCUGCUCUUCAUCUCUCUGCUGUGGAUAAUUGAGCUGAAUACCAAGGAUGGCAUUCAGAAGAACUUGGAGAAUGAAAUCAUCGAGUACAAUUUUAAGACUUCUUUCUUUGAUAUAUUUGUCUUGGCUUUCUUUCGAUUUGUUGUAUUGCUGCUGGCCUAUGCGAUCCUGAAACUGCGCCACUGGUGGGUCAUAGCGGUCACUACAUUGGUAUCCAGUGCCUUCCUGAUUGUGAAGGUCAUCCUCUCUGAGCUUCUGACCAAAGGGGCUUUCGGCUACUUACUUCCUAUCGUCUCUUUUGUCAUUGCUUGGCUAGAGACUUGGUUCCUGGAUUUUAAAGUCCUAACUCAGGAAGCAGAAGAGGAACGAUGGUACCUGGCAGCUCAGGCCGCAGCUGCUCGAGGCCCCCUGCUCUACCCUGGAGCCCUUUCGGAUGGGCAGUUCUACUCCCCGCCAGAGUCCUUCGCAGGAUCGGACGAGUCAGAUGAGGAAGGCGCAGGGAGGAAAGCAUUGACAGCGCAGGAGAAAGAAUAUAUCCAACAAGGCAAAGAAGCGAUGGAAGUUGUGGACCAAAUCCUAGCCCAGGAGGAGAACUGGAAGUUCGAGAAAAACAAUGAGUUCGGUGAUGUUGUUUACACUUUUGAAAUACCUUUCCAUGGCAAGACCUUUAUUUUAAAGGCUUUUCUGCAGUGCUCUGCCGAAACAGUUUACCAGGAGGUUAUUCUCCAGCCUGAGAAGAUGAUCCUGUGGAACAGAACAGUGGCAGCUUGCCAGAUCCUGCAGCGGGUUGAAGACAAUACAAUCGUCUCCUACGAUGUAGCAGCUGGGGCCGCAGGCGGCGUUGUUUCACCCAGGGACUUUGUGAACGUGCGUCGUAUCGAGAGAAGAAGAGACAGGUACGUUUCCUCAGGGAUGUCAACCACGCACAGCCUGAAGCCUCCACUCUCCAAAUACGUCAGGGGUGAGAACGGGCCUGGAGGAUUCAUCGUGCUGAGGUGUCCAAGCAACCCCAGGGUCUGCACUUUCAUCUGGAUUCUCAACACGGACCUGAAGGUAAAGCGAGUUCUUUGCUGAUGUGUGAGCGCUGUGCCUGUAUCCUCUCCCCAGCAGAGCUCCUUGCAGCACAGGCAGAAUUAAUCAGCACGCUCUGAAGUCCCCUGCGUAGCACAGGACGCUUGCUGAGGACCUUCUCUGUACCCCCAGGUGGGCAAUGCAGGGGCUGCAAUCCUGUUGGCCACUUCCGAAAGCAGCCAGCGAUUAGUCACAGUUGUUAUCAACGGCGGCCCUAAACGGGCUUGAGUUUUGUUGGUAGAUGUUAAGCAGUACCUGAAAAUCACCCUCUUUCUCCUUGAAGUUACCCCAGUUUGAGGUCUGGAAACUGUUCCUUACCUGGCAGAGAUCUUGGUUAUGGGUUUCACAUCGCUGUGUGCGGGACUGGGGGAGAGGUGAUUUUUAUCCUCUCUGGGGACCAAAAACAGUUGGACAUGUGAGGUGUUGUCUGGCUGCUUGCUGCUCCCAGGAACCUGCUGAAGGGAUGAUUCACUCGCCCUUGCCUGCCCUGCUACCAGACACCUCAGUACAAACACAGCCACCCGUGGAGCGCGCGGGGCUGGUGCCUGCUUGCAGGGAAACGCGCUUCAGCCGUAGAUGACCCAGAUCCGGAGUUAUUUGUGGAGCUGCGUGUUGAGUCCUUGCUGGUGGCCUAGACAAAAGGCAGUGUACGACGGGAGCUGGGGUCAGGCGGAUCGGGUCGGAGAGGGAGAGGCGCUGGGUAGAGCUGGCCUGUUUUCUUCCUCCGCUGAAUUGUGCUGGGGUUGACGUGGAAACCGCGCUGCAGCAGCGAGCACAAAGGCUCCAUUCAUCAGCGCUCUGCCUGCAAAGCUGCACAGCCCCCUCCCCUCCCACGUCCCUCCCCUCCCACAAAGUAGAUCAAGCUACUGCGUUGCUUGUAAAAUGGUUUGAAAAGGGUUUGCAAAAGCUCUUGCCUUGGCAGCUUCCUUGGCUGGGAAGUGGAAAGCAGGGGCAGAGCAGAGAGCAGGCGCGCCUCGGCCUCGCUGCCCCUUGCGCUGCUUGGCACAGGGCUUUGCAGCGGAGGUGUUUUUCCUUUGUGGGUCUGGCUCCAGUGCCUCUUCCGCCCCUCCACUAACAGGCUGGUUCAGAGGGAUCAGGAGCCCCUUUGGUUGUGCUAGAUGGGGCUCGGAAAGGUACUACGUUCCCUCCGCUUCUCGGGCCGGAGAGCGCUCGCCCGCUGCCCGCCUCCCGCUGCUGGAAGAAAUGCCAUAGCGGACGAGCUAUUAAUAACCUGCCUGUUAACUGCUUCCACCAUCUUCCUGAAGCGCUCUGCUAGUGCCCAGACCCCUCUUAUGUGCUGUCCUGCUAUUUCCUUUGGCCCUGAAGGAAAUAUUUAUAGCGCAUGGCUCAUCCCUUUCUGCGACGAAAGGCGAGGAUUGCACUCGUGUGUAUGUGUUUGUGCCUGUGCCGCGGCUUCACCCCGAGCUCGCUUCGGAGAGGCAUCUGAAACGACCCCUGGCUCACCAGUUUCACGGUGUCCC